AUGGACAACAAAAACCAAUCUCUGAUCAUAAAUUUUAUUAUAACUGGAUUUUCAGAUAUUAAUGAAUUUCAGGUUCUGCUCUUCGCCUUGUUGAGCUUUGCUUACUUUUUUACAAUCAGUGGUAACCUUACAGUAAUAUCACUAAUAUGUAUGCACCACCACCUCCAUGUACCCCUCUAUAGCUUUGUUGCCAUACUUUCUUUUGUGGAGAUCUGGUAUACAACAGUCACAAUUCCUAAAAUGCUAAACAGCUUGAUGGAGAACAAAAUUAUCUCUUAUGCUGGAUGCCUGAUGCAAAUCUAUUUUCUCCAUGUCCUUGGUAUAACAGAGACCUACCUUUUAACAGCAAUGGCCUAUGAUCGAUAUAUGGCCAUAUGCAAUCCUCUCAGAUAUCCAACCAUAAUGACUAUUAAGUGCUGUUUACAGCUGGCAAGCUGUUGUUGGGUUCUUGGUUUCUUUGGACCUAUAACAAAGAUAGUCUUGCUUAAUGAAUUAUCAUUCUGUCAUUCAAACAAGAUUGAACACAUAUUCUGUGACUUCUUUCCUUUGAUAAACUUGUCAUGCACCAAUGCCUCGCUCAAUGUAACUGUGGACGUCACAAUAAACUCUUUCCUUCUGUUUGUUGCCUUCUUCUUCAUUAUCUUAUCGUAUGUCAAGAUAAUUUCGGACAUUUUAAAAAUAAGCACAACACAAGGAAGAAAGAAAGCAUUUUCUACUUGUGGUGCACACCUAACUGUGGUUCUACUAUUCUUUGGUAGUGUAGCCUUUACAUAUAUACGACUUACCAAAAAACGUUCUAUCAGCUAUGAUCGAGUAAUGGCUAUUGUUUAUACUGUUUUAACACCCAUGUGUAAUCCAAUUAUUUAUAGUUUGAGAAACAGAGAGAUAAAGGAAGUCCUCAAGAAAACAUUUUUCAGAAGAUCUAAACGACUAAAAAGUGAUACCAUACCAUAG